UUGAUUCUCUCCAUCCCUCUCCAGCGCCUCCGCUCUCCAAAAAACCCUAACCCUCAUCCCCUCCACCCCUUCAUCCCCACGCCCCAACCGAAGCAACAAUGGCGGAGAGAGGCGGCGAGCGCGGUGGCUUCGGGCGCGGCUUCGGCGGCGGUGGGCGCGGCGGUGGCCCCCGCCAGGAGGAGGAGAAGUGGGUGCCCGUGACGAAGCUAGGGCGCCUGGUGAAGGAGGGGAAGAUCCGGAGCAUGGAGCAGAUCUACCUCCACUCCCUCCCCGUGAAGGAGCACCAGAUCGUGGAAACCCUAGUCUCCGGCCUCAAGGACGAGGUCAUGAAGAUCAUGCCCGUCCAGAAGCAGACCCGCGCGGGCCAGCGCACGCGAUUCAAGGCCUUCGUUGUCGUCGGCGACGGCAACGGCCACGUCGGGCUCGGCGUCAAGUGCUCCAAGGAGGUGGCCACCGCGAUCCGCGGCGCCAUCAUACUCGCCAAGCUCUCGGUGAUCCCCGUGCGCAGGGGCUACUGGGGGAACAAGAUCGGGAAGCCCCACACCGUUCCCUGCAAGGUCACCGGCAAGUGCGGCUCCGUCACCGUCCGCAUGGUUCCUGCUCCACGGGGGGCCGGUAUCGUCGCUGCCCGCGUGCCCAAGAAGGUGCUCCAGUUCGCCGGCAUCGAGGACGUGUUCACCUCCUCCCGCGGCUCCACCAAGACCCUCGGCAACUUCGUCAAGGCUACAUUCGACUGUCUGAUGAAGACCUACGGGUUCCUGACACCCGACUUCUGGAGAGAGACCCGCUUCACCAAAUCGCCAUUCCAGGAGUACACAGACUUCCUCGCCAAGCCUACCAAGGCGAUCCUCCUUGACGAAGCAGAGAAGGUUGAAGCCUAAUCAUGAGAAGGUAGAAAGCCUUAUUAAGGAUAUGCAGAAAGUACUUAUAUGAGUUCCCUUGUUUCCCAUUUAGUUUUGUUUUUCUCCUUGUCAUGCAGUUUGGUUUGUAGUUAAGUUCGGACCGUAUGAGUAAUGUCGGCAAAAAAAAUUACUGUUUUCUUGAAUUCAGUAGUCUUUAAAUUUUUUUUGUGUUUCAUGAAAUGAAUCUGUGAACUUCAAACAAAGAUCUGUUGGCUAUCAUUUCGUGCUUAUAAUAUCCAUUAUUGGAUUUGCUGGUGGUGGCUAAUUUUGUAA